AGUCUUCCCAUUUCGUAUUGUGUUCAUUUUUUGAGGCAGAUUUGUUUCUUGCUUCUUCUGCUACUUUUCUUUCUGUGGGUUGCUUCAAAUUUGAGUUUAGUGAUCGGGGAUGGAGAGUACUUUGAAGGAGAUCGGCGAUGGCGGCUCAGUGUUGGACUUGGACCCGAAAGCCACCGUUGGCGGUGGUGUUGAGGAUAUCUACGGAGAAGACUGUGCUACAGAGGAGCAGCUUGUUACUCCAUGGACUUUCUCAGUUGCGAGUGGCUAUUCGUUGUUGAGGGAUCCUCACCAUAACAAGGGGUUGGCAUUUACAGAGAAGGAAAGAGAUGCUCAUUAUUUGCGGGGGCUUCUGCCACCUGCCAUCGUUACUCAACAACUUCAGGAGAAGAAGUUGAUGCAGAACAUCAGGCAGUAUCAACUUCCACUACAAAAAUUUAUUGCCAUGAUGGAACUUCAGGAAAGAAAUGAAAGGCUUUUUUACAAACUUCUUAUUGACAACGUCGAAGAACUGCUUCCUGUCGUCUACACUCCCACAGUUGGUGAAGCUUGUCAGAAGUAUGGAAGCAUCUUUAGGCGUCCUCAGGGUCUUUACAUCAGUUUGAAAGAGAAGGGUAAGAUUCUUGAAGUAUUGAAGAACUGGCCCCAAAGGAGCAUCCAAGUAAUUGUGGUGACUGAUGGUGAGCGUAUUUUGGGUCUUGGUGAUCUUGGUUGUCAGGGAAUGGGAAUUCCAGUUGGGAAACUUUCUUUAUACACCGCACUUGGAGGAGUUCGUCCUUCUGCAUGUUUGCCUAUUACAAUUGAUGUUGGGACAAACAACGAGAAAUUGUUGAAUGAUGAAUUCUACAUUGGGCUUAAACAGAGAAGAGCGACUGGAGAGGAGUACUAUGAACUUCUAGAUGAGUUUAUGACUGCUGUUAAGCAGAAUUAUGGGGAAAAGGUUCUGGUUCAGUUCGAAGAUUUUGCAAACCACAAUGCUUUUGAGCUGCUCGCCAAGUAUCGCACAACUCAUCUAGUCUUCAACGAUGAUAUCCAGGGGACAGCAGCUGUCGUACUUGCUGGAGCUGUUUCUGCCCUCAAACUUAUUGGUGGUACCUUGGCCGAUCACACGUUCUUGUUCCUUGGUGCUGGGGAAGCUGGAACUGGUAUUGCAGAGCUUAUAGCCCUUGAAGUAUCAAAACAGACAAAUGCUCCAGUUGAGGAGACGCGCAAGAAGAUUUGGCUUGUUGACUCAAAGGGAUUAAUUGUCCACUCGCGUAAGGAUUCACUUCAACACUUCAAGACGCCAUGGGCUCAUGAGCACGAACCUGUCGGCGAUUUAUUAAGUGCUGUCAAGGCAAUUAAGCCAACAGUUUUGAUUGGAUCAUCUGGAGUUGGUAGGACUUUUACAAAAGAAGUCAUUGAGGCUGUGGCCUCCAUCAAUGAGAAACCUCUUAUUAUGGCUCUUUCCAACCCAACGUCACAAUCUGAAUGCACCGCUGAAGAGGCUUACACUUGGAGUGAGGGCCGUGCAAUCUUUGCCAGUGGAAGUCCAUUCGAUCCAUUUGAAUACAACGGAAAGACCUUUGUCCCUGGCCAGUCCAACAAUGCCUACAUCUUCCCUGGAUUCGGUUUGGGUGUCGUAAUUUCUGGAGCAAUUCGUGUGCACGACGACAUGCUUCUGGCUGCCUCUGAAGCAUUGGCUGCCCAAGUCUCUGACGAGAACUACGACAAGGGAUUGAUCUACCCACCCUUUACUAAUAUCCGAAAGAUCUCGGCAAAUAUUGCAGCCAAUGUUGCUGCCAAAGCAUAUGAACUUGGCUUGGCAACCCGUCUCCCGCGCCCUGCAGAUCUUGUCAAGUAUGCUGAGAGCUGCAUGUACAGCCCCGUCUACCGAACCUACCGAUAAAUGUAACAAGGUCUCAUCGUGCUGGUCUGUAUUUUAGAGCUUUUUAUGGGAGCUAUGUAAUCCUUAUAGUGUGUGCUUAAGAGAGAGCUUGAAGUCUUCCCAAAAUCUUUACUUGUAAUGAUCUAAUGUUGUAAUGUUUUUCCUUCAGAAGUGAGAAGUAAUUUUUUUUAAUGGAAUAAGCUUUUGUAUCAAA